AUGAUUCCGAUAUUAUUCUCAUCUUCAAAUCCAUUUGGACCAUUUCAAUCAAUUCAUGAACAUGUGAUACGAAAUGCUGAACCUCUCUCAUGGGAUAACUGGUAUCACUUAUUCAUCAUUCCUCUCAUACCUUUAUAUUGUCAAACGUUAUUACUCAGAUAUGAAUGGACGAGACAAUAUAGAAUUGCGUUGGGCGUUAUGGGAAUAGCGAUGCUCUGGGCGGCUGGAAUGAAGUAUAGAUUUGUUCAACCAUGGUUCAAUGCUCUGAAUAACGGUAUAGGGAUCGGCAUCAUGCAUAUAACAGCUCGAUAUGCGGAAUUUGGAUUUAUGAAAGGACCCCUAUAUGAUCGAUACUUUGAAGCGAAAGGUAGAAACCCCCUGAUAUCUGCUUUGGACGUAGCUGUCAAUGCUAGAUGGAUUGGAUUAGGUGUUAUAGAUUUAGACCAUCAAGGGAAAGUUGAUAAUGUGAAUAUCAAUACAUCAGCAAAGAGUAACGGUCAGCUGAAAAAUGGUAUCUCGAAAGGAGAUGGUGGGAUUCGAAUUGAUUCCAACAGAACAAUACCAGAUCUGAACAAUGAACGAAAUAAAGAAUCAUGGUUACCUUGGCCAAAAGUCAAACGUACCAGAACACAAGCUUUCAUCCGACAUUUAUCCAUUGCGAUUAAAAAUUAUAUCAUAUUUGACACUUUCUUAUAUAUGAUAAGAUAUUUUGGAUCAAAUACGAUCGGAUCAAAUUUACCUGUUUCAAAUGCCCUUUAUCGAUUCUCGCAUGAAAACACAUUUAUAAUCUUUCCAUCCAUCCACUUUUUUGACUUGGAGGACUCUGGACAAGUAUCUGGGCGAAAGCAAAUGGGAAUGGGAACGGGGAUCAUCGCACCUUGGUAUUUAGUUGAAUUCGCUGUCGAAUUAAGUGUAGCUGUUGGCGUUUGGUUAGGUAUAUCAGCGGGAUAUCAUUUUUUAGGUGCAAUUUGUGUAGGAACCGGUUUUUGGGAAACUGAAUCUUGGGAAAUCGAUCUAUUUGAUAAUCCCCUCAAAGCGGAUAGUCUAUUGGAUUUCUGGGGAAGAAGAUGGCAUCAGUUUUUCAGACACCAUUUCAUCCUUUACUCUUCUUUGAUACUUGGUUUACUCAAAUUACCAAGAUCAUCAGGAAACAUAUUAUUCCUUUCAUUCAUCUUAUCAGGAGCUAUGCAUUCUUUAGGUCAAUGGUCAAUGUCACCUAAUCCACCUUUAUUACCACUAUUCGCCUUAUUCCCAUUAUCAGGUUUAGGAUGUAUACUCGAAGUCUUGUUUAAACGAUAUACAGGUAAAAAAGUUGGUGGAAUUUGGGGCAGAAUUUGGACUUGGUCUGCAAUGUUGCUUAUUGGUAGAUUGGGUACGAUAGCUUGGGUAGAUUCUGGCGUAGGAGGAAGUUACCUUACUCCUCCUUGGGCAGGUCCAAUAAUCGUCAAGUGGGCAGAGAAAUGGUUGAUUGCAAAAGCGUAA